GGAGAGAGAGGUGGGCAGCGUUGAGGAGCCGAGUUCAUACUAUACUACUGAGACAUCUACAGCUUAGCAGACAGAUACGGUGAACCGCCUAUCCCGGCUCCUGUAAGUGAUGCUGCACUGAGGCACACUUUGAUCCAACUCCACUGGGGGGACGAUGCGCUCUCUGCAUCCCUCGUUUAAGAGUUGUUGUUUUUUUUUUUUCUGUGUGCGGAGCCUGAAAUCAGUCCAAACAAGUGACUGUUGAACAAAUCAGCUUAAAGCUUUUAGUUGUCCGUUUGUGGUGUGUGUGUAUAUAUAUUUUUUUCUUUCUUUUUUUUCUGCGCCCUUAUGGAUUGAAGUUGUAAUGCUCGCACAAAGAGGCGUUUAGCACACGUGUGGGUGUUUUUUUUUUUUUUUGUCAGUGUGAAAACCGCUGGUAGGUUUUCGAGGCAAAUUAGGUUAGAUAUACAAAGUUUAUGUAAAGCAACCAUGGAUCACUGCGUAUCUCCGACUGUGGGAUUGUGAGUCCAAGACAUCCGAAGAGGAAUUACAGCCUCCCUUUUUUUAAUAAACAAACCCCAAAAAAAAAAAAAAAAAAUCGCGAAGUUGAUUUUUUAUGCGCAAGGAUCACAUUUUUAGCGCAUGGAUAAGUUUUUGUAGUGGAUUUUUUUUCCCUUACUUCGCUCGUGUUUCACUGCCGAGUCAGAAGAGGAUCCUUUCUCUCCGUUUCCCCCUCUUCGCAUUAAUUCAUGGCACUUCUUUUUUGUGAGUCAGAGAUGUCUCUUCGCAGCGACACCGACGGUUAAUUUUACACCAUCUCCAAGCGCAGAAGAGAAAAUUGCAACUAUAGAAGUAAAGCUCACACCUAAUUUUGAGCAUGAACUUGGCAAAUCAGGUGCAUGUUCUGGUGGCCUUGCUCACCUGUUGGGUCUUAUUAUGCAAGGCCCAGGAGAGGGACUACAUCGUCAAGGAGGAGCAGCCGGAGAACGUUCGCAUUGGGAAUCUGCGCAAGGACCUCGACCUUAACCUGGACCCCAACAUCAGGCUGUCGUCUCCGCUGCAGUUCAAGCCUGUGUAUAAGACGGGGGACGUGCCUUUGGUGAGGGUGGAGGCCAACACGGGGGAGAUUUUCACCACCAAUCACAGGAUUGACCGGGAGAAGCUGUGCUCAGGGGUCUUCACAGAGAAGCGCUGCUACUAUGAGAUCGAGGUGGCAGUGCUGCCCGAUGAGAUCUUUCGAUUGGUUAAGAUCCGGUUCCUUAUUGAGGAUGUGAAUGACAAUGCCCCUCUUUUCCAGUCCACUGUAAUAAACAUCUCCAUCCCUGAGAACACAGCUAUCAACACCCGAUACCCGGUGCCAUCAGCGUUUGACCCUGAUGUAGGGGUCAAUGGAAUCCAACACUAUGAGCUGGUCAAGAGUGUCAAUGAGUUUGGCUUAGACAUCAUUGAGACCCCUGAGGGUGACAAGUGGCCACAGCUCAUUGUUCAGCAGAACCUCGAUCGGGAGCAAAAGGACACCUUUGUGAUGAAGAUCAAGGUGGAAGAUGGUGGCAACCCCCCUAAAUCUAGCACUGCCAUUCUGCAAGUUACCAUUUCUGAUGUCAAUGACAAUCGUCCAAUCUUCAGGGACACCGAAUUGGAAGUCUCAGUUCCAGAGAAUGCUCCAAUGGGGACUUCGGUGGCUCAGCUUCAUGCUACAGAUGCAGACCUUGGUUCCAAUGCACAGGUCCACUUCUCAUUCAGCAACCAGAUCUCCUCCUCAACCAAGCGUCACUUUGCCAUCAAUAGCUCUACUGGACUGAUUACUGUAAAGCAACCUCUUGACCGGGAGGUUACUCCUGUUCAUAAACUCAUUGUUCUUGCAAGCGAUGGCAGCUCAACCCCAUCAAGAGCCACAGUGACUGUCAAUGUCACAGAUGUUAAUGACAAUGUUCCUUCCAUAGACACUCGCUACAUUAUCAACCUGGUUAAUGGGACUGUCCUACUGUCCGAGAAUGCUCCUCUGAACACCAAAAUAGCUCUUAUUACUGUUACUGACAAGGAUGCAGAUCUGUAUGGCAAAGUGGCUUGCUACACUGACCAUGAUGUUCCUUUUCGGCUAAAACCUGUCUUUAAUGAUCAGUUCUUACUGGAGACAGCUGCCCCUCUUGAUUAUGAGACCACUCGUGAAUAUGCUAUUAAGAUAGUGGCCUCGGACAGAGGAACACCUCCUUUGAACACUUCAGCUAUGGUCUUAAUUAAAAUCAAGGAUGAGAAUGACAACGCACCCAUCUUCCCCCAGCCUGAAAUUCAACUUUCAAUACCAGAGAACAAUGAUCCCUCAACACAGUUAAUAAAAAUCAGUGCCACAGAUGCAGAUAGUGGACAUAAUGCUGAGAUUAUUUAUACUCUUGGCCCUGAUGCACCAGAUGGAUUUAACGUAGACAGGCGGUCAGGAAUUCUCUCUGUUGGGAAGCGACUGGACAGAGAAAAGCAAGAGAGGUACUCAUUCACUGUCACAGCAAGAGACAAUGGCUCAGCACCCUUGCAGAGUAAUGUCACUGUUAGGCUAAUUGUCCAGGACCUCAAUGACAACAACCCAGCUUUCACUCACCCUGAAUACAACUUCUAUGUGCCUGAGAACCUGCCUCUCUAUGGGACAGUGGGCUUGAUCACAGUGACCGAUGCAGAUGCUGGAGAUAAUGCUGUUAUUACCCUAUCUAUUUUGAAUGGCAAAGACAAUUUUAUCAUUGAUCCUCAAACUGGUGUGAUCAAACCAAAUAUCACCUUUGACAGGGAGCAACAAAGCUCCUAUACAUUCAUGGUCAAGGCAGUUGAUGGAGGGCAGCCACCAAGUUCAUCCUACGCCAAGGUCACAAUUAAUGUUGUUGAUGUGAAUGACAAUCGCCCUGUGUUUGUUAUUCCUUCCUCCAAUUAUUCAUAUGACCUCGUGCGCACCACCACCACCCCAGGUUCUGUGGUCACCAGAGUGUUUGCCAUUGACAAUGACACAGGUAUGAAUGCUGAGUUGCAGUACAGUAUCAUCAGCAGCAUCAUCAUCACAUCUAGGGUCUCCCCUCGAGGUCUCUUUUCCAUCGACAAAACAACGGGUAACAUAACGCUGCAGGAGAAAAUAGUACUAGCUGAUCAGGGACUACAUAGGCUGGUGGUUAAGGUCAAAGAUUUAGGCCAGCCUGAGUCAUUACAUGCCAUUGCACUUGUACACUUGUUUGUCAAUGACUCUGUGUCCAAUUCUACCUUCAUCCAAGAGCAGCUGCGGAAAAGUAUGGAAACACCAUUGGAUCGUAACAUAGGGGACAAUGAGAUAACACCUCAAGCCAAUGGAUAUGUAAUUGUUGUUAUAGCGAUCAUAGCAGGGACCAUGACUGUAAUUUUGGUGAUAUUUGUCACUGCCUUGGUGCGCUGCCGGCAAACUCCCAGACAUAAAGUAGUCCAAAAGGGCAAGCAGAGUGGAGAGUGGGUGUCCCCAAACCAAGAGAACCGUCAGAUCAAGAAGAAGAAGAAGAGAAAGAAGCGAUCCCCUAAGAGCCUUCUCCUGAACUUUGUGACCAUAGAUGAAUCCAAGCCUGAAGACCCCACACAUGAGCAUGUUAAUGGUACUCUGGAUCUUCCGGUGGAGCUGGAGGAGCAGACAAUGGGAAAGUACAAUUGGGCGACCACGCCUACAACCUUCAAACCUGAUAGCCCAGAUUUAGCCAAGCAUUAUAAAUCUGCAUCCCCUCAGCCCACAUUUCAAAUCAAACCAGAAACUCCAGUGGCCCCUAAAAAACACCACGUGAUCCAGGAGCUCCCCUUGGACAAUACGUUUGUGGUGGGCUGCGACUCACUCUCCAAGUGUUCAUCGACUAGCUCCGACCCAUACAGUGUCUCAGAGUGCGGCUGUCAGGGGGGAUUCAAGACUGCAGGGCAAAUCGCCACCCGGCAGGAGAUGGCACUGAAACCACCACACUAUGGCACACUCUGUGGCACAGGUACAGCUCGCUCCCACAGGAUUAAAAUCAAUCUCUAGCUCCCACUUCCUAGAGAGAGAGAGAGAGAAAGGGAGAAAAGAGGGAGAGAGGGCAAAGAAGGAAGAACUGAAGAGGUGAAACAAGUACUUUACUGUCUCUACAGCCUCAAACUGCACCUCUUCAUUCAAUUGAGUUUCAAAGAUGAAUUUGGAAGUGGGGGAAAGGGGGUGGGUGGGGUAUCUUAGAAAAAAGGAGCUGUGCUUCUCUAAAACUUGACAAAGCUCCUCUUGUGAAUCUGUUGGAAAGCUACAAUGCUUUGAGUUCUGUGUUACAUUUUACCUACGCGAGUGAAGAUGAUUUAACUUGAACUUUUCCCCUGAAAAUGUCUCUCAAGCAACCAAUCUGUACAAUAGCUGUCAAAUUCAGUCAGUAUGUGUAAAGUAUGUUGAUAUGUAUGUAUGUAUAUCUUUCACAAAGUUGAUGGUGUUUAUAUUUAUUGACUGCAUUUCUUUGCCUUGUUUUUAAAAAAAAAAAAACUGCCUGGUGGCCAUUUUAUUUUCUUACCUGCUAUGUUUUUUUGGAUUAAUUAUGACUUUUAAUGUAUUUAUGCUGCAAGGGCCUUCCACCUGCUGGUUUACAUUAGGUCUAAGCCCAGUUAUGUUUUGUUAUUUCACCCUUUUGCCUCUUUCCGUUCCACUUUUGAUGCCACUGAGCAACAAGUGAGGCUGAUGUAACAGACGUUCACUUGACCCCACAAAACAACCGCAUUCCUUUUUUUCUAAUACAACUGUGCUAAAGAUCAGCAAGCUGUUAUUACACUGGAAGAAAUGGUAGGACAAGUUUAAUACUUUGAGCUAAGCCACAAUCACAAGGGACUAACUGCUCGGGUCAUAAUCAAAAGCUGUUUAUGUAGGGCAGAUUUGAAGCGUGCUAAGCCUAACCUUUUGUGUGUCGCUUUCUACUCCUAAAUCAGAAGUGAUUUACCCAUGAGAACCACAUUUAAAUGACUCCAGAUGGUUUAAAAAAAUAAGGAAAAUAAUAAUCCUUGGGCAGUGGUUUUGUUUGAGCCCAUGGUAAAGGGAGUUUAUGCGCCCUGAUUAUGAAAAUGCAACCAAGGCUUCUCUUCAAAACAAAGCAGAACAUUUAGGUUUAAGAAAAUAAAAUUAACAAUAUUGGCUUUUGUUCUAGCAUAUGUUUUUUUUUUUUCCUUUACUUUCAAAUCAUGAAGAAAUGUUCUGAGUAGAAAACCCUAUAUUGUAAACAGAGUAAUUGAUUAGGUGCAUCGGUGUUCAAUAUUCCUGUUACAUUAAAAGCUAGACUUAUUUGUUAGCUAAGGCCUAACAGACGCCUUCAGUACAUGCACAUGACCACAAAAUUAGAAUCAUUAAUAUAGACAACGACUGUGUAUGCACUCAGAAAUGUACAGAAAGAACAGGAGCACAGGCUUUUUCCCCUUGUGUGAGCGGCUGUAAAUAGGUAAAUUAUAUUACUUCACAGAGCAGAAGUCCAUUUCGGAUCUCGUCCCGGUCUUGCUUUGUCAUGGUUGUACAGACUAUGCCUAUUUUAAAGCUUUUAAUUUUAUGUGUGUUGCCUCUAUCUGUGAGGCAGGCUGUUAUUAUUUAAGGAAGAUAUGUUCUUGCAAUUAUGGUAUCAAAUGUAUUCACUGCUGCGUAGGAGCCACAGUAUACACUACACACAGCUUUUUAGCACUGUGUAAUAAUUAGGUUUACCUGAUCAUUGGGGGAAAUGGUUAUAUAUAUAUAUAUAUAUAUAUAUAUAUAUAUAUAUAUAUAUAUAUAUAUAUAUACAAGGGAGACAGAAAACCUCACUUUUUUUAAUGUGAAGUAAAAUAUGCACCUUACAUGAUCUUUGUAAUUGAUUUUUAUUUGCCUGUGUGGAGAAUACUGUCAAUGUUUAUGUAUGUGUGAGCUUCUGAAAUUUAUUAAAGUCUUUUGCAUUGUA